AUGGCGCCGCAGUGCAUGCACGAGAUGGGCCCGGGUCACUGCCCAACCGGAUACUAUGCGGGCUGGGACGCUUCCAUCGCCACCGAGGAGCUGUGCAAGGCCCAGUGCCUCGCCGAGGACGAGUGCAUGUUUGCUUCGCUCAAGGUGGGCCACACCUGCAGCCGCUACAACUCAAACGCGGGCAACUGCGACCCGCUCAUUGGAACAGACCACACGACAUGGGCGAAGCAGGGGUGCUCGGGCGCGGUGUGGGCGCGGACGCCGAGCCUGCACGUCCACCUGUCGACGACCCUCGACGAGCCGAGCGACAACGAAGCGUGGGGGCUUCAAGACGUGGCCACAGUCCAUGGUCUGUCGGCCUUCACGCUCGAAUUCACAUUCCGCCUGCAUGCAAACCCUUACGACUACCAUGCCGAGCGAACCAUCCUACGCAUUGGUCGCGACAACGGGCAGACCAACAGCCAUCACCAAUUCGGGUACCGCCUGCCCCUCGUUGGUGUGCGCAAUUUUGACGGCGGCUCGAGUCACAGCCCCGUCAUGUAUGUCGACCACCUCAACGAGUACGAGCUAUCGCAUGAUCAGCGGCGCGUCGAGUUCCCGCUGCCAUUCUACUCGCCCCCACCCCUGCCUCCGGCCUCGCCACAGCCACCCGUGGCUCCCGGUUGGACCGUUGCUUCCGUUGAUACAUUUCCUGGAGCAACAGGCUGGGCAAGCAACAGGCGGCUUGAUGUCACACAUUGCGGCGUGCAUGGUUCGAUGCUCGGCGGACACGGGGUCUUUGGAGGAGGGGCCUACAUCGAGAAAACGUUCGACCUCAGCGGCGUGCGCGAAAGCGGUGACCCGCCGCAUGCGCGCGUUCGGAUCGAGCUCACCUUUUUCGCAAUUGACUCCUGA